AUGUCUACGAAAUUAUCGAAUUUACUAUUUGAAGGAUAUGCCAAAAUCCUUGAAACUGGUGAAUUUUCCGAUACAGAAAUAUUAGUCGGAGAAGAACCAAAUACUAGAAUUUUUCGUUUACAUUCUUUUGUUUUAAAAGUUCAUUCUCCUUAUUUUCGUAGUGCAUUUUUAAAUUAUUGGAUAAGAAUUGAAAAUAAUAUUAUUAGGUUUCAAAAACCAAAUAUCUCUGGAGAAGUAUUCGAAAUUCUUAUCAAAUAUAUGUAUAGCGGUAAACUUGAACUUGCAAAUAAUGAUAUUAAAACAAAUAUAGCUAUUUUAAUUGCUGCUGAUGAAUUAUGCCUUGAUGAACUGUGUUCUUAUAUUGAAAAUUUUCUACUUAUCGACAAAGAAUCAAUAAAAUCAAACUUUAAUUUUAUUUUAUACACCACAAAUAAAUUUGAGCAGUUUAUAAAACUGUCACAAUUUUGUAAGGAAUCUUUUCAAGAAAAUCCUUCACUAGUUCUAAGAGCAGAUGAUUUCGUUACAAUCGAACAAGAAUAUUUUAUUGAAUACUUGACUAAAAAUAAUGAUUCUUUAAAACAAAUUGAAGUUUGGGAUAAGCUUAUGGAAUGGGCUAUUGCAAAAUCUAAUAAUGAAUUACCAUCAGACAUCACAAUGUGGACUAUUGAUAAUAUUACUACUUUUGAUACCUUAAUUCAACCAUUUAUCUCCCUCAUUAAUUUUCAAAAAAUAAGCCGUUUGGAUUUUUUUCAAAAAAUCAAACCAUUUAAAAGCAUUUUUGAUGAUAAAUUUUAUAUUAAGAUUAUUGAAUAUUAUUGCUUUAAUAAUGAUUAUAAAUUAGUAAAUUAUAUAGAUUCUCAAAUAAUUAAUUUAAAAGAUGCUAAAUUUAUCUCUAAAUGGAUAAAACUUAUGAAACAACAAAAACAGGGAAUUGUUUAUGAUUUUAAUUUACUUAUACGCGGAAGUAGAGAUGGCUUUAACAAAUCUAUAUUUCAUGAACAUUGUGAUAAUAAAGGACCUACAGUCACUAUUGCUCGUGUUAAAAAUUCCAAUGAGAUCCUUGGAGGAUUUAAUCCACUUAAUUGGGAAUCCAAUAAAGAUUAUGGAGAAACUAAAGAAAGUUUCAUUUUUUCUUUAGAUAAGGAUAAUUUAGUUAAUUCUAUUUUCAGUAAGGUUGUUGAUGAUAAAUGUGCAAUUUUUAAUGGCCAAAAUUAUGGUCCAAUUUUUGGGUCUGGAAGUUCAGAUUUUGAAUUAUUAUAUAAAAAGAAACAAGGUCAAUGUUCUAAUGUAAAUUAUGAAAAAGCGAUCAGACAAAGUAAUGAAUAUUUUGAAAUAGAUGAUUAUGAAGUAUUUCAAGUUGUUUAUAAAUAA